AUGAUAGUACUCAUUUUCUUGGCUGUGGGACUAAGCUUGGAAGAUGAACACACUUCCCCAGCCAAUGUCUGCAUGUAUUUGAGAGAGCAAUGCCUAACUGAUGAAAAUGGAUGUAGACAUGCGUGGAGAGUCAUGGAACAUGCCUGUGACGACUCAGAUCCAGGUGACCCCUGCAAGAUGAGGAAUUCAUCACACUGUAACCUGAGUAUCCAGUCUUUAGUGGAAAGCAAUCUCCCACUGAAAGAGUGUCUCUGCACUGAUGACCUCUAUUGUACUGUGAACAGAUUUCUUGGAAAAAGAUGUAUCAAUAAAUCAGAUAAUAUAAAAGAGAGUGAAUUCAAAUGGAAUCCAAGUAGUCUUUCCCAUCACGGAUUCAAAAGGAUCUGGUCCUGUUUGGAAGUGGCAAAGGCAUGUGUAGGGGAUGUGGUAUGUAAUGCACAGUUGGCCCCUUACCUUAAAGCUUGCUCAGCAAAUGGCAAUUCGUGUGAUGUGAAACACUGCCAAGCGGCCAUACGGUUCUUCUAUCAAAAUCUGCCUUUUAACAUUGCCCAGAUGUUGGCUUUGUGUGACUGUGCUCCAUCCGAUAUACCCUGUCAGCAGUCCAAGGAAGCGCUUCACAGCAAGCCAUGUGCAGUGAACAUCGUUCCACCCCCUACUUGUCUCAAUGUAAUUCACAGCUGCCGAAAUGAUGAAUUAUGCAGGAGGCCCUAUAGAACAUUUCAGUCAAAAUGCUGGCAGCGUGUGACUGGAAAGUGUCAUGAAGAUGAGACUUGCAUCGGCACCUUAAGCAAACAGGACCUCACUUGUUCAGGAACUGAUGACUGCAAAGCAGCCUACAUAGGUACCCUCGGGACCCCCCUUCAAGUGCAAUGUACCUGUAGGACCAUUCCACAAAGUGAGGAAUCUUUGUGCAAGAUUUUCCAGCACAUGCUUCAUAGAAAGUCAUGUUUCAAUUAUCCUUCCCUGCCUAAUGUCAAAGACAUUGCAUUGUCGAAAAGAAAACAUGCAAAGGGGAUCACUUUAACUGGAUUUCAUUCCCCUUUCAAAGGAGAUGUAAUCUAUGCUGUCAUGUGCAUGGCAGUCACCUGUGGGAUCCUUCUCUUGGUUAUGGUCAAGCUGAGAACCUUCAGAAUGUCAAUUCAAACAAGAGAGCCUUCACCAACCCACAUACCUGGAGAGCUGUGA